AUGCGGUUACUUCCGGCCUUGUUGGUCCUCUCCAGCGUUCCUUUCGCUGUGGCCGUGCCUGCGGGAUCCAGCAUCGCUCCGCCGCCACCGCUGCAGCCCGUCCAGUUUCUCUCCCAGCCCUCUGUCCCACGGCGCCCGUGGACCCGGCUCCGUGACUGGGUGAUUGAAUCCGUCUGGGGGAUUCAGCAUUCGCACUCUUGUCCCAAACAUGUCAACCCGCCGUCCAAUGUCCGAGAUCGCUACGAGAGCGAUGUGGUGCUCCGGUUCCAAGUGCGGCAACCGGAGGAGGCAGAGGCCUUGGCCGCGGCAUCCAGAGUCUUGGUGUUGGACGUCUGGGCCAUCACGGCGGAAUAUGUAGACAUUCGACUGGCAGACAGCAUGGUAAGUCUCCUUCCGUCCCUUCAGAUUAUUUGUCCGGAUGGACUUUUAAUCACUAAUCUCCCCACUGCUCGACCUGCUGCCUUCGUCCCUCCGUACAGCCCACGCCCCCUCAUGGAUGAUCUUGUCGACAUGAUCUACGCCACAUACCCGAGACAUCAUUAUCAUACCUUGAACCCAGACUCUGGGAUUGGAGCUGGUCAUAAUCGGAUGGCUCAAGUUGAGGAUGUCUUCUUCCGGGAAUAUCAGCCUCUGUCCAUCAUUGUGCAAUGGAUGCGCCUGAUGGCGUCAAUGUUCUCGUCCCACGCUCGCUACACGAGUAUUGGCCUCACCUACGAAGGGCGUGAAAUUCCCGCGCUGCGACUCGGGGCUCCUCGGGAACAGCACGAGACUGCUGGUCCGCGCCAGACUAUCGUUAUGAUUGGGGGACUCCACGCUCGGGAGUGGAUCAGUACCUCUACAGUGACAUAUGUCGCCUACAACCUCAUCACUCAGUACGGCCAGUCGGCAGCCGUCAGCCGUAUUCUUCAAGAGUACGAUUGGGUUUUAAUCCCCACCCUCAAUCCCGAUGGCUAUGCCUAUUCGUGGGAAACGGAUCGCCUCUGGCGCAAGAACCGCCAGCCAACAGGGCUGUCAAUUUGCCCAGGAGUCGACCUCGACCGCGCCUGGGACUUUGAAUGGGAUGGCGAAUCUACCCGCUCCAACCCUUGCUCGGAGAAUUAUGCCGGUGCCGAGCCCUUUGAAGCAUACGAGUCCCAACGCCUCGCGGAGUGGGCAAAGAACGAGACAGACAGUGGACGAGCGAAUAUUGUGGGAUUCUUGGAUUUGCACUCUUACUCCCAGCAGAUCCUUUACCCUUACUCCUACACCUGUUCCUCCGUUCCGCCAACCCUGGAAAGCCUCGAAGAGUUGGCUCUGGGAUUGGCCAAGGCCAUUCGGAUGACCAGCCGAGAACAAUACGACGUAACGUCUGCCUGUGAAGGUAUUCUCCCUAACGGAGAAGCUGCUAGCAUGAGCUCUGGCGGAAGCGCCUUGGACUGGUUCUACCACAACCUGCAUGUCAAGUAUUCCUACCAGAUCAAGUUGCGCGACCGUGGCAGCUAUGGAUUCCUUCUCCCAUCCGAGCACAUUGUCCCCACUGGCAAGGAGAUCUUUGAGGCUGUUCUCACCUUCGGUGACUUUGUCUGGAACAACCAGAUACUAUCGACUAUGAGUGACCCCGUGGGUUCGCAGCAGCAACAGCAGCAGCCUUUGUUUUGA